UUUAACGUUAAUGACAACCUUGUAUUUAUUGUUAUUUUCUUAGGAAGUUCCUAUGCGCCCGAUUUGUAAUUUUUCCGAUACCCCUUUUAGUGACGAUGAGGAGGACAUAGAAUUCGUCGACAUCACGCUAACAACUCAUUUUUCCGGAAACUCCCUCUACGGUGAUUCAGACACUCUUACGGACGCUGAGGAUUUCUUGUCAUCAGACGACGACUGUUCAGAAUUAGAAAAUGAAAAGGAUUCUUCGGAUAAGGAAUUGAAUUCGAAUUCGGGGUCGAACGGCAACGAAGAAUCAACAAACAAAAAUGACACAGUCAAUGCAAUUCCAAACGACGGCGGCAACAGAAAUAUUCCAGGAAAUGUCGAAGAUAGUUGAACUCUCCUCAAACUGAUUCAGAAAUGAUGCGGCAUUGACGACAAACGACGCAAGACAUGAUCUAUAAACACCGAGUGGAUUUUUUU